AUGAUGUUAACAGAUCUCUUGACUAAAAUCCAAUCAUUCUUUCUCAGCGAGAAUCAGCGCAGGACCCAGUCCAUUAAGGUUGAGCAACAUGCGAAGGAUAUUCUUGUUUAUCUCCAGGAAGGCAACUGGGAAUCGCUCCACCAACAAUUAGUCUUCCCACUCCGCCUAUUCAUCACCAAGCAUGUUCUGGAAUAUGGGUGGAAGACCCUCACUUCCAUGGCCGGGCCAGUGAAACCGAUUGGCAGUCCCGAAGUGCACGCUGGUUGGCCUUUGUCAAGAAUUUCAGUGCCGUUCCAGUCGGAGCGCCUCUCGCUGGCAUUAACGCUCUGGAUGACGUGGUCUGGGAAGUUGAUCACGCUGCAAGUAGGACCUCGGCUUUCUCAUCCUUGGAAGGCCCCGUCAUACGCAUCUGCCAACUCACGGUCGGUUUCUUUGACAUUAGGCCACGGGCUGCGACGGGUGGGUGCGACUUUGACAUUGCCACGAGCCAGGAAUCCCAGGGGUGAGGGAUUUCCCUGUGUGAUUCUCAUCGGCGGUUCUGGGCCAGUGGAUAGGGAUUCGACAGUUGGACCAUCAAAGCCAUUCAAGGACCUCGCAUUAGGUCUGGCAGCACAUGAGAUCUCGGUGUGCCGGUUUGACAAGCGUGCCUCGACGUUGCUCGGGAAGCUCACGAUGAGCAAAAAGACGGCCACUCUGACGGAGGAGUACGUGUACCACGUUAUAGACGCCAUUCGGCAAAUUCGACGAAUCCCGGAGAUUAAUCCCGAGCGUAUAAUCCUUCUUGGCCAUAGCCUGGGGACUUUGAUUGCCGCGCGACUUGCCUCGCUUGAUACGUCAGUAGCAGGCUGUAUUCUCAUGGCGGCACCUUCAAAGCCGAUCUACAGAUGCGCAAUCAGGCAGCUUAGUUACCUCGAGUCUUCCGGCUCUAGUAACAAGUCAAAGGCCGACGCGUCUGAAGAAACGCCCGCCGAGAGUGACAUGUUGAAGGAGCUUCGGCAACAGGCAGAUGUGGCCGACAGGCCUGAUCUGGAUUUGUCAACCCCAGCAAAACAGCUUCCUUUCGGAAUCGGGCCUGCGUACUGGCUUGAGUGCCGCACAUUUGAUGUCAUGGAAACACUCAAAGAUGUUCGCAGGCCUGUUCUGAUCCUACAAGGCGAGCGAGACUAUCAAGUAACUGCAACUGAGGACUAUGCGAGACUGCAUGAGAAGUUUAGUAAUCUUCCCAACUUCAGGUUUCGACAGUUCAAGAGCCUUAAUCACCUUUUUAUAUCUGGAGAAGGUGCUCCCACUCCGCUCGAGUACUUCAGUCCAGGGAAUGUGGAGGCAGAUGUAAUUACUGAAAUUCAGCGAUGGGUACGUGGAUAG